AUGAUCCGCGUGUCAUUGGCCUUUGCCGUCUUUCUUGUUGUGCGUGCAGAGUGCUUUGUUGAGGACCUGUCUGGGAAUCCGGCUGAAGCUAAGGAAAGACUGGCCAGGCUCUUCGACCAUAUUGACACUUCACAAGAUGGAAAAUUAGACGAAAACGAGCUCAUGGCUUGGAUUGACUCGGCUUUUGUGCGGGCCGAUAGGAAGGCAGCAGCGGAGAUGCUGGCACAGCUCGACCUCAAUGGCGACGGGUUCGUUUCGCUGGAGGAGUAUAUUGGCGACACCUACGGUUACUCCUUAAAGGAGAUUGAAGGGCUCCGAUCGGAUGAAUCGACAGACGCACAGCAGUUUCUAGAGUCAGUAGAUGAAGAAAAGGAGAAGUUCUCGCUGGCCGACUUGAAUGGGGACGGCGUGCUGAACACAGACGAGCUGGCAGCUUUUAACGCCCCCUACCACUACCCCCACAUGGUGCCGUUUGUUGUGGGUGAAAUUCUGCGUUAUCAGGAUCAGAAUGGCGACAAAAGGCUUUCGUGGGAAGAAUACAUUGCCAAUAACAAGGAUUCUGAUACAUUAAAGUUUGAAGAGACAAAGUUCAAGUCGAUUGACAAGAACGGAGAUCAAGUGAUUGACCAAGACGAACUGAAAAUUCACUACAAGGAAGAGUCGGAGAAAUACGCACGACUUGAGGCGAAUCACCUGCUCGUGGAAUCAGACUUGAAUGCCGACGGGAAACUGACGAGAGGUGAGGUGUCGGAGGCCUUUGCCGUCUGGUUGGCCAGCCCUGCCACGGACCGCGGCGAACUGCUGUCGGACGACAACCUCGCCAUGCCGCUGCCCAGGCACAAACUGAGAGAUGAAUUGUAG